UAAACAGAAACUGUAAAAGAGGUCGACUUCCGCUUGCAGCAGCAGCAGGAUUCCACUGACAUCUAAAAUAGGUGAUUGGGAGAAGAUUUCGUUGUUAGCGGCGGCGCAUGCUUAAUAUGGCCGCUUACUCAUGACAUGUGGAGAGAGAGCAUUUAAUUGGAUAUUCAAACUAUGGCAAAAGAUCGAGAUAAAUUCAUUCAAAAUGAGUUACAGAUUGUUGAAAAGGAAUGGUCUCGUAUGGAAGGAUCCCAGUUACACACUUGUCUGGAGGCAUUGGUUGCGAUUACUAUAAAGAAAACUUCAUUCAAGUGUUUGUUAAUGCGUAUGCAAUUUCCUGUCAACUAUCCUCAAGAGGCAGUUAUUAUUGAACUGAGCAGCAAAACUUUGUCAGAUAAACUGCUUGAUGGCCUCCAGAAAGUAUGUGAUGAAGAAAGUAAAAAAUAUUUAAACCAACCCCAGGUGGGGAAUAUGAUAAAUUUUGUAAGUCGCUUCCUGGAUGAAAACAACUUAUGUGUGUGCAGUAGCGAAAUAUCAGAAAUCAAACGCAACAUGCUUGAGGAAUGUGAUGAAAUUAAACUUCGGCAAAAAGCUUCCCAAAUUAUCAUUAAAGCUCAUCAAGAGAAUUACUUUCUUCAUUUCAAAGUUUCUGUCCCAAUAGACUAUCCUAAAACUCAGGUUGGCGUAGACUUUGUGGAAUAUAAUUUUCCUGAACUCCUAAAAAUAAAUUUUUUGGCUCAAGCAAAUGAAUAUGCUCGGCAGUGUGUACAGCCACCCCUCCGGAAGAAACCAAAUGAUCCCCCUUUCCAAGCAAAACCGUCCUUAUUACCUAUAUGUAAAUUCCUUAUUGUUGACUGUGUGAAAAACUAUCCCUUACAAAAGUGUCCUAUUUGCUGUGAAUAUGUUCUUCCAAAAGGUCCAGUUAAAGAAUGUACGAGAGAUAAACAAGUUGAGCGUGUUUAUUGUGGCCAUUUAUAUCAUCAUUCUUGUUUGGCAACUUAUAUGAAAACACCUCCAUUUAUAGGUGGGAAAAAAUGCCCCGCAUGCAACCAAAGAAUUUUUCAUGAAAAGUGGAAAAUCACUCCAGAGUUGGCUGAAGCUCGUUGGGCUCAUAAACAAGCUAGAGAACGUGAACUAGAUGAAGUAAAAGAUUUCAUGGCUUGACUGGUUGCUGUUGUUCAUUUUCGAGAAAGAUCUCAUAUUUUAAUACAAAAUCUUGUCUGUAUGCAUGUGGGAGUGUAUGUUUGUGUGUCUGUGUGCAUGCGCAUAUCCAUUCCAUUCAGCUCACAUCAGUCAAAAGCUUUAUUUAAUUUACUUCCAGCCUUCUAUAAAAAAAAAAAAAAAAGAAAUGAAAUUUUCCCUUCUCAAACUUGUUUUUUCAUCCUGUGGAAUUUAUAAUCAAACGAAAUUUUCAAUUAAAUAUCUGUUGAUCACUGUUACAUAUUCUUAAAUAAUGUUUUCUCUCAUUUAUUUUAACCUGUUUUAAAUUACCUGAAAUUUUAUUCCAAUGGAAAAAAUAUUACUGUAAGCUUUUGAUAAGCUGAAUGUUUUGAAGGAUUGGUUUAGAAGAGGAUUUCCUACUUUUUGAAUGUUAUAAAGAACUUUAGCAUUGAAUAAUGAAAUAUCAGCAAUCAUGCUACCUCAUUUAAGUAAAAAUAAAAGAAAAACACCAUGUUUGUUUCUAUGAGGUAGUGAUUUCAGUGAUUAGUUGUUGUUAUUAGUUAUAAUCCUGAUAUAAAUUUGAAAUCUGGUUGAAAUAUAUAAAGUGUUCUUUGUACAUUUACAAGGCAAAUUUUAAUUGAUGCAGUAUUUUUGCCUUGGAAGUAUAUUCUUAUAAAAAGUCAUAAUUAAAUAUAGGAAAUGCGAUGGAGUACAAAGAAUUUGUAGCAAAAAGUGGACAAGAUAAAAUAGCAGAUAUUAAAGAGUAAUGACUAAGAAAGCUCCAAUACUAGCUUCGUCCAGCUCAUGCUAGCAUGGGGAGUUAGAUGAACAACUAUACUGAAAUUCUUUUCAGUAUAGUUGUAAGUUAGAGGAAAUCCCAUCAAUUACGUUAUAAUUAUUUUAUAGAAGUAGUUAUUUCAUUUCUUCCAAUGUUUGGCAAUUCCAUUAUGAUAAUGUAUAUUGUGGUUAUAAUUAAGCCUUAAACAGUUUUCUUUUUAAUUUACUUAAAAAUGCAAGCAUUCAGAUUUGCGAAAUUUAUCACACCAGUGCUAGCAUGGAAACAUGAACUCAGAAUAAAAUUGCUACAACACUAUACUUACUGGCAUACUUCAAAGUAAUUUAAGAAAGUGGUUAGAACAUGAUAUAACUUACAUGACUUUGGGUGGAUGAAAGAUGGCAAAAAUGGAAUAAAUGAAUAAACAAGGAGAUAAAAAAAAAAGAAGCAAAAUGUUAUAUUUGAUGUUACUCAUCAAAUAUACAAUUCUUAUGAAAUGUUUAGAAAGAAAUUAGGAAUUAGUCUAAAAGCAAAGUAAGUUUUGAAACUUCAAUAAUUUCGAUUCCACUCAUGUUUUUAUAUAAUUUUCUGUACAGUUAGUGAAUUGACACAGAUUAUCGUGUUUCAUCUGUGUACUUCAGUUAAAAUCAUGCAUCACUUAAAAAAAACAAUGCCUUAUUUCUUAGCUUUUUAGUAUUUAUAAAUUGAUACUGUGCCUUUUGCAAUAUAUUCAUAGUUAAUAUAAAAAUUUUAUAUAAAUUAGUACUUUUCUAGAAAUCAAAUUCACUGCCAAAUGUUUAGUAAAAGUGUUGGUUAAUCAAUUCUUAAAAUAUAAAUUUCUCUAGAGCUGGUUUUCUUCUCAUUUUCUCAGUUGAUCUGUAAGUACACUAGUUCAGAUUGGGUUUGUUUUUAAUAUAGUCAAUAAGUUACCCUUUUUUUAAUUGAAACUUUUGAAAUGUUAGCUGGAUGGAAUCUUUUUGUCUAAUCCUAAACUGUGGGGGAUAAGGGAUGCAAGCGCUGUAAAAUAGACUGCUUUAUGCUUAAACAAAGUUUUGUCUAAAAAAAAAAAAAAGAAAAAGCAAAAAAUGGUUAUAAAAAAGGUAUUUUCAUUCAUUAUCCCAAAAUAAAAAUGUUAUAUUUUUAAAUACUCAUUUUAUUUAUUAAAAUUUCAAGUAUUUUGAUAGAUAAUUUGUCUUGCUCUUUUUUCACUUCAUAUCACAUUCCGUAAAUUCCCUUGUUGACUAUAUCAUGUGUGUAUUUGUUUAUAGACUACCUCCCUUUAUUAAUUCAUUCAGUGUUAAGUCUUACUGAUGGGUAUUUGUUUUAUUCCAUUCAGAUUGUGAUUUUGUUGUUUUUGUUCAUUACAAUUUUAAUUUUGAUCUUGUUAAAAAAUACAAUGUUCAUUGUUUAUGUAGUCUUUCAAAGUGAUAUGUAAUUUUUCGUCGUAUUUAUUGUUCAGCUUACCUCAAAAGUAAGAAAAAAAUUACCAGUUACCUUAUGAAUUAAUCUAAUUAUUAGUCCUCCAUUGUAGAAAAGAGAUAUAGUGUUUGGUCUUUUAUGGCAAAUAUAUUUUGAUCAUUAAGCAUUCUAGAUAAAGCUCCUUAUUUGUUGUGUGCUUGCCUCUCUGCCUAUAUUGGUGACUAGUAUCUAAUUUAAUGAAGAUUGUAUUGUACAUUAUCUCUAUCUUGGAAAGAUAUGACAUUCAGUGUAUAACAGAUUUUCUUUUCUUAUUGUUUUUAUUCUAUCCUUUAUCUGUGGUUAAAAUCUUGAGAUAUAUCAACUAACAUAACUAGGAGCUGUAUAUUAAAAUCAUGUUGAAAAUUUGCACUAUCUUUAUUGAAUAAUCGUUUUGAUAAGAAUCUUGGUUUGUAAAUUGGAAUAAUUUUAUUAUCAUUAUUAGUCAGCAAGCAGUGAGAUAGCAUUUAUAAUGAACUUGAUUGAGCAAACUUUAUAUUAGUUUUUCCUGUUACUAUAUUUAUCAUGUGGGUAAGAUAUUAAGGUUUUAAGAAUUGAUGAUUUAUAAAAUGCAUGUGUAUUUGGUCUGCUGAAGAUGUUUAGUAACUUGAUAUUAUAUCUAGAUAUUUGUGUUAACUUUUAAUCAUGCUCUGCCAAUCAAAUUUCAAUAAGUAAAUUGAUAUCAAUAAAACAUUAUUGUGACAAUUGUUAUUAGUUAAGUUUCUGGAAUUUUGUUUUAUAUCCAUUUUUAUGGAUAAAAAUAAAAAUUAUUCACAUGUUAAGGAAGAGGACUAGUAGUUCUUUUUUGUUGCUGGUAUUAGAUAUUUUCAAUUUUUUUCUGUUGUUGAUGGAUUUAUUCUUUUAAAUUAUCUGAACUAAAACAAGUCUUUAAUUUUGUCCUUCAUUUAAGAGAGCAUGAAAAAAUUUAGAGUAUGCCAAGGGAGAAACAAUCAUUCAUUAAUGUAAAAUGAAAUCAAUGUUCUUUUAAAAGUGUACUAAUAAAAUCAGACAUAAUGAUUAAAGUUGAUUAAAAUGAGUUCAGUAUAACUUGAUUGGCAAUGAGGACAAAAAUCUUGUCAUUGAGUCCUUAAUUGGUUAUGUAAAGUUGAGUUCCUGUGUGCCAUGUAGGGAUGAGAAAUUUUCCAAUUAUUUUCUUGCAGUAUUAUUGUUAUAUAUAUGGGG